UAGUAAAGAGUUGAUCUAGUUGUAGUUUCUCUGUAUAAGAUAACGGCAAUUGAAGUGAAAAAUCUAAGACACCGAGCAUAACAUAUUUUUUUGCUAUGCCAAAAAAGAACACGCAAAUGAAAAUUGAAAAUUGAUUUUUGAUAUUUAUCAUUUUACAACAGAAUCACAACCACUACUACCACCAAAGUUAAACAUAAGGGUGACAUAUAUAGACGGAUUUGAUAGAGUAUAAGUAUCAAACAUGAUCAUUAUACAAUUUUUCAUUCUUUUCUUCACAUGUUUCAAUGUGAUAAUAUGUUCUGCUGCCAACCAUGACGUGUUGUUAAAACGAAUUCAACAAGCGAAUCAACAAUUCUCCAGUGAAGGUCCUUCUUCUGGAGUCUUACUAGAGUAUCAAAAGAUUGUGAGUGAUAUAGAAAGUAGUAUUGCGGAAAAGGAAGGAAAUCAUGAUCAAAUUAAAGAUCAAUUACCUCAAAUCCAUUUCAAAAAGGCAUUGAUUGAAAUCAAUCUUAAUAAAGAACUUGAAGCUAUCAAUGAUUUAAAACAAGUUUUAAAGUAUGAUAAGUCGAUGAAGAUAGCUAAGACCAAGUUGAUUGAUUUAUUGACUGAAAGAGGUGAUUUCCAAGCUUUACAACCUUACUUGGAUCAAGUUCAAGAUAAGGAUAUUAUUGAAAGAAUUCGAAAAUGGGAAAAUGAUUUAAACGUGGUUUUUCAAUUAAUAGGUAAUCAUGAUUAUGAGAAUUCAGUUAAUGUUAUCAAUAAUGAUUUAUUACCUGUAUCAUCCCAAAAUUUCACUCUUUAUGAAUUGCAUUAUAAUUCAAUGAUCCAAAUUUUAAAGAACUAUCAAACAUUCAAUGCGAAGAUUGAUGAUACAUCCCUUAAUAAGAUUAUCAUUCAAGAUCUAAUUAAAAUACUCCGAAUCCAACCUAUUUCAAACUUGGCUAAUUAUGAACAAUUAUCGGAAUACAUGUUUUAUACUGAAUUACAAUUUGAAAAAUCAAAGAGUAAUAUUAAAAAUUGUUUAAGAAUUAAUAAUGAAUUUAAACCAUGUGGAACUAUUUCGAAAUUUUUUACUAAAUUCCAAGAUUUCUUUAAAGUUUUAGAGAAUUAUUCGAUUUUAUUAGGUCAUUAUUAUGCUUCUAUGGAAGGUGAUAAUCUCCGUAAUAAUGAUGAAGAUUUAAAUGGAGAUGAUGAACUGGUCUUUAAUUAUAGAUUCAUAAAUGAUUUCUUAUUUAAACAAGAUUUAAAAGUUUCAAGGAUUGAAAAGAAGGAUAUUCCAGCUCAUAUUAAGACUAAUUAUGAUUAUUUGAUGUAUAAAGUUGAAUUAUUCUUAAAGGAAAAUGGAUUGACUGGUCUUAAUACUAAAGAAGUUAAAUUAGUUCAAGAUUUGAAUAAAUUAAGUUGUGAAUCAUUUAUAAGAUUAGGUGAUUUAAGAGGUUCGGUUCCUUAUUGUGCUAAAGUUGACGAUUUAUUCUUACCUAAGGAAUUAUCCACCAUUGAUCAAUUGUUAAAAGAGAAUAGAUUUGGUGAAGCCAAAGGAUUAUUAGAUCAAUUCAAUAAUAAUAUCAAACAAACCAAUAUGUUUAGAGAAAGAUAUGUUAAAAUCGAAGAGUAUAUGCAUCAACAACAGCAACAACAACAUCAACAGCAACAGCAAAGACAACAACAACAUUUCCGUCAACAACAACAACAAAGACAACAGCAACAACAACAUCAUCAACAAAGACAAAAACCUGCUAAUGAUUAUUAUAAAAUCUUAGAUAUACCUCGUGAUGCUGAUGAAAAGACAAUUAAAAAAGGUUACAGAAGUCAAACUUUAAAAUACCAUCCUGAUAAAUAUAAAGGUUCAGAUUUAACUCCUGAACAGAUUGAAAAUAAGAUGCAAGAUAUAAAUCAAGCUUACGAGGUCUUAUCAUCAAAGGAUUUAAAGGAAAGAUACGAUAGAGGAGAUGAUCCCGCCGAUCCCCAUAAUCAAAGCCAACAUCAACAACAACAACAUUACCAACAACAAGGAGGAAAUGGAUUCUUCCAACAGUUCUUCCAAGGAGGUCAUGAUCCAUUUGGGGGUAAUAAUGGUGGCUUCAGAUUCCAAUAUGGUGAUGGAGGAAGACAACAACAACAACAACGUCAAAGGGUUCACAUUAAAAGAAAUAAGAAGACUUAAUCCAUAUAUAUCUAGUAUUAUAUAUAUUUAUAGAAUUUGUAUUACUAUUAUCAUUACAUAUUUGAUACCAUUUAAACUGAGCU